AUGUCUGACGAUAAAUUACCAUUUGAACUUGAUAUCAUCUAAUAUGAUUGGUUAAUCUUAGGAACUGGAUAUGAAGAAACUCUUUAUAAUGCACAUCUAAGCAAAGUAUUAAAGUCAUCUGUAAUACAUAUCUAUUCACUCAUUAGAAUCUAAUCUUAGAUUUUGGAAAUACUUAUUCCAGUAACAUAAGAACGAUGAAUUUUAAAGAAUUUCAUAAAUUAGAUUCUGAAUUACCUACUAAUUAAAAUUUACCAUAUCUACAUAAAAGACCUAUAUUUACAAUUGUAGAUCCUAAUUAAAAAUAAUAGUAAAUUAAUCAACUAUUUGCUAAUCAAAUUAAUUCAGGAUAAGAAUUUAAACACUUUAAUAUAGAUAUGCAACCUAAAUUACUUUUUAGUAAUAGUCCUUCUGUUUCUAUUAUGCAAUAAGCUAAUUUAGAUCAAUAUAUGGAUUUUAAGGCUGUUGAAAAUUAAUUUUUCUAUGAUUAAACUACUAAAACAUUUAAAUUAACACCUACAUCUAAAAGUGAUAUCUUUAAAUGUUAAUUUCUUACUUUAAGUGAAAAAAAACAAUUUUUCUAAGUAUUCCAUCUAUUCAUUAUUUUAGUUACUCCAUACACUUGUUAAAAUAUUUCAUAAAGUUAUCAAUUAUCAAAUUGAUUAAAAUUCUACACAAGAAUUUGAUCAAAACACAACAUCAUUAGAUGAAGAAACCUAUCAAAAAUAUUUAUAAUAUAAAGAUCAAUAAGCUGUAUUAUUUUUGAAUGAAAUCACUUCUAAAUCAUUAAAUAAAGAUAAAGUUUAUGCUAUAUUAUUUUAUUCCAUAUGUUUUAUUACUUAGAGUUUUCAUAAUCAAAAUAAUUUUAUAUCUACAGAGGAAUUCAUUACAAAAUUUGGUAAAUGCAUCAAAUCUAUGGGUAUUCAUAGUAAAUCUCCUUUUCUUUACACCAAUUAUGGAACUGGAGAUAUCCCUUAAGCAUUUUGUAGAAUAUCAGCAGUUCAUGGAUCAGUUUUUAUAACACAAAGUUAAAUUAGAAUAUAUAAAAUAGACAAAAAAGAUAAUGAAUAUCUUAUUUCAUCAAACUUACAUCAAGAUUAAAUUAGAAUCAAAUAAGGAAUUAUAAUGUGUAAAUAAAUAUAUGAUUCUUAUAUUUAAUUGAAUUAACCUGUAAUUAAUUAAGAACAUUAAUCAAAAUAAAAUUAUGUUCUUAUGAGAUUGAUUUUAGUUACAACUAAAAAUUAAAAAGUAUUAUGUGAAGAAAUUAGAUCUUUAAUACUUGAUUAAUUGAUUGAAGAUUAAAAUACUUAACAUUAAUUAGAUCCAAGUAUUUAUGUUAUACCAUGUAAACUAUUCAGCAAUAAUCCUAUAUAUAUCUUUCGAGCAGAUAACAAUAGCAAUAGUGCCUAUAAGGAUUAUGAAUUGUUUUAUGUUUGGACAUUAUUAGAAGAGUAGAAUUAGAUAGAAUUGAAGGAGAAUUUAAAAUAAAUAAUAAUAGAUAUUGAUUCAAAGUAUAAUGAAGGAGAAGAGAAGAGUAUCAAUUACAUCUGCUAUGAGAAAGUAUUAUUGCAGGAAAUGAAUAAAGGAGAGUAUAGUUUUUAACCAAAUACAGAUGAAAAUAUGUAUUGAUCAUAAUUAUAUUAAGUUUCGUUACUACUGAAGAUAAUGACGAUUUAGAUUUGGAUGCCCAAACAAAAGCAUUUAUGAAGAAUGUUUAGAAGGUGAAUGUUAAUUUUGAAGAAAACUACUAUAUGGUUGAAAAGAUAGCUAAAGAGUAAUAACCAUAAGAGUAAGAAAUGGAUAAUCAAUAGUAUAUAUUGAAUUAGUUAAUGAAUAUAAAACAAAAAGAAUGA